AUGGACAAUCGUGAAGCAUCCCACGACCUUCGGCGAGAGGAAUCUGGCACUUACGGCAUUGACGAAAAGAUCCACGACUCAGCCCAUGUUGAGAACAUCAAAGGCCAAGAUGUUGGCGCUAUUUGCGGUCUAAGCCCUGAGGAGCAGAAGAAAAUCAUCCGGCGAAUUGACCUGCGGCUUCUACCGAUUCUAGGUAUUAUGUACUCGAUCUCGCUCAUUGACCGAACGAAUCUUGGCCUAGCACUUGUUGCGGGCAUGCAGGAAGAUCUAGGACUGGCCGUGGGAAACCGAUACACAGUCAUUGUUAUGGUCUUCUUUGUUGCAUACAUUAUCUUCGAGAUUCCUAGCAACCUUGUCCUCCCGAAAGCUGGUCCAGCAAAUUGGCUGUCUUUCCUUGGCGUUGGCUUUGGUGCUGUCCUUAUCGGCAUGGGCUUCACAAAGAGCUGGGGUAUGAUGGCCCUCUGCCGUGCGCUACUGGGAGUUCUAGAAGCCGGUUUUCUUCCGGGAUGCACCUAUCUCAUUACCUGCUGGUACACCCGUUUUGAAGUUGGAAAGAGACUAUCUGGGUUCUGGAUUCUGUCCGUCAUCACGGGUGGCUUUUCUGCCAUUUUCGCAUAUGUCUUGACUCUUUUGAAGGGCAAGGGGGGGUUGAACGGGUGGAGCUGGAUCUUCAUCAUCGAGGGCGCCAUCACUGUCGUCGUCUGCGCCAUCGGCUGGUUUAUCAUCAUUGACUUCCCCACGCAAGCUGAAAAGUUCUUGAAGCCAGCUGAACAGGAGUUCAUCAUCGCCCGCAUCAACCAGGACCGGGGAGAUGCCGAGGAGGACAAGAUUGAUGGGGCGAAGAUUUUGCACCAUCUCAAGGACUGGCGGUUGUACUUUUGGGCAUUCAACCUCAUGGCCUCGACGUUGCCCGGUUAUGCUUACUCCUACUUUCUACCCAUCAUUCUCCGCAACGGCAUGGGCUUCAGCAGCACCCAGGCUCAGCUGCUAUCUGCCCCACCGUACGUCCUAGCUGCCAUCAUGGCCUUUAUUUCGGGCUGGCUUGGCGACCGGUACAAGAUGCGCGGCCCCAUCAUUGCAGUGCAUCAAGCUCUGACGGCUGUCGGCAUGUUGAUAACGGUCUAUGGGAAGGCAAAUGGUGCUCGAUACUUUGGAGCCUUCCUCGGUAUUGGGUUCUUGCAGUUUUGUGUUCCUGGCGUGCUCACAUUCCAAGCAAACAACAUCACAUCACACUCAAAACGUGCAGUUGCUUCAGCGACCUGUCUCAUUGGUGGUGGUGUUGGUGGCAUUAUCGCCAGCACAGCCUUCAUGGCAAAGGAGAGCCCUCAUUAUACGACCGGCAUUUGGACAACCUUCGCCAUUUCCAUGAUCAGUAUUCUGAUUAUCAUCAUCAUGGACAUUCACCUUUGGCGAUGCAACAAAGCUGCCAAGGCAGGUCAUCGGCAAAAUGAGGGUAUGGAAGGCUGGAUGUAUACUCUUUAG